AUGGCAGUCUUUGAAGGUGUGAAGGCUGACCCCACGGAGGCUGUUCAUCUUUUGCUCAAUCAAGUCACGGAGUACCGUGCGGCUAAACCAGCAGUCCAGCCCCGACCUCACCUAGCCACCAACAACUCUGUGCCCCAAAAUUGGUGUAAACCUCCGCCAGGUUUUCUCAAGGUGAAUUGCGAUGCUGCGUGGUCAGCUCCGACGUCGUGUGGGGGAGUUGGUUGGGUCAUCCGGGACACUUUCGAUUUGCUGCUUUGUGCUGGUGGGCAGGGGGACCUUCAUGGCUCCUCCACUCUUAUGAUGGAGCUUCUUGCUAUUCGUCAUGCUCUUAGUGCAUGUGUUCAUUUCCAUCUCACUGACUUAAUAGUGGAGUCAGAUACUCAGAAGGGAAUCUUGAUGCUUAUUGGACAGAUUGCAAUAGACUCAUAUCUGAAGGGGAUUAUUUUUGAUAUCCAGCAGUUGGUGGCUUCUCUUUCUCGGGUCUCCUUUGUGUUUGCACCCAAGGCUUGUAACAAAGCUGCUCACACUGUGGCUGGUUUCGUUUCUAAACAGGGGGUAAUCAUGUUUGGGAUCACCUUGGAAUUGACUGGCUUUUCAAUAUUCUUACUUCUGAUGUAA